UCCAAUUCGCUGGCUCUUGUCAUUUGAAUGUUGGAUUUACUUCACGAACAAAUGUACUGUGAUUGAGGCUAGAUUAAAGAGCACCAAGUCCGACCAAAUCUGACCCUGUUCUAACUGGUGGAUCAGUUGUUUGAGUUAGCUUUAAGUGAGUUUCAGUGAAGUUUCUUGGCCUUUGGUUAGUUUCAAUGUGAGAGUGAGGAUCUCCACCAGAGUAUGGCUUCGUGUCUGUAUUAUCUGUUUUGUGGUCGCUGCUACUGUUGUCUGUCGGAGAAUGAGAAAAUUGCAUUGUCUAUCAGCAAUCAAAUUGACAAAGACACAAAGCAGCUGAAACAGAAGCAAAUGAGAGAACUCAAACUCCUAGUUUUAGGCACUGGAGAAAGUGGCAAGAGCACAUUCAUCAAACAGAUGAGAAUCAUCCAUGGGUCUGGAUACUCAGAGGAAGACAGAAAAGCAUUUGCAAAGUUGGUCUUUCAGAACAUUAUCACUGCAGUACAGUCCCUUAUCAGAGCUAUGGACACAUUGAAUAUACAAUAUCAGCUGCAGGAGAAUAAGAAAAAUUUGUAUAAAAUAAAGGAUUUGGAAGCCUACAAAGUCUCGACUCUUGACAAACAGCAUGUGGAUGCGAUUAAAAGCUUAUGGAAUGAUCCAGGAGUGAGAAUGUGUUAUGAACGACGUCGGGAGUAUCAGUUGCUUGACUCUACAAAUUAUUACCUGACAGACAUUGAUCGUAUUGCAGCCAGUGAUUACAUCCCAACAGAUCAAGAUGUCUUGAGGGUUCGAGUACCAACAACAGGCAUCAAUGAGUAUUCAUUUAACAUGCAUACAGUAACUUUAAGAUUAGUGGAUGUUGGAGGACAGAAGUCUGAGAGGAGGAAAUGGAUUCACUGCUUUGAGAAAGUCAUAUCGAUUAUAUUCCUGGCCUCUCUCAGUGAAUAUGAUCAAGUCCUAGAAGAGAGUGAGAAUGAGAAUCGAAUGCGGGAGAGCCUGGGUCUUUUUCACUUUAUUCUGAAAUCCAACUAUUUUGUCAAUUCAUCCAUCAUCCUGUUCUUGAAUAAAAAGGAUAUUUUGGAAGAGAAGAUUAGAAAGUCGCAUUUAGUGGACUACUUUCAUGAAUUUGAUGGACCUAAAUGGAAUGCUGAAGCCGCCAUGAACUUUAUCGAGAAAAUGUAUCUACGCCAAGUUGAAGAGGGGAGAAGAAUCUUCUCACACUUCACCUGUGCCACAGACACCGAUAACAUCCGCAAAGUGUACUUGGAUGUUAGGGACACUGUCUUGUUUGGAAUCUUACAAGACCUGGAUUUAUUGUAGAAAGACAAAAGUGGUGACUUUAACUUUCCCAAUACAGCUUGGCUGAGAACAUAAAAAUCCUUAGAAGUCAUAUCAACACUCCUAUCAAUGAUGUGUUUCUUCAGCUGUUGCACCAUAGAUUUGAAAAGCACUUAUUUCCAAAAUGAAACCUUUCUGGAACUAUUUUUGUGAUCAUAUUACUGUUAAUCUUCACACAGAUCAACAAACUUUAAAGUGAAGAUUAACUGGAGAAGGAUGGUCAAAUGAAGAAGAAACUGUAAUAUAUCUUCAUGAAUUUUCCAAGGGUUUGUUCAAUGAUUUUGACAAUCUAUAAUUUGUCUUUAAAAGCCAGGUUAAUUAUUAUACUCAAGAAUGGAUGUUUGUACUGAGUGAUCUCAAGAUCAGAGGUAAACUGGCGGGAAUGGCAAAGGAGACCAUGAUCCCAGCACAUUCAGGAUCAUGUGCCAGGAGGAAAGAAUGUCACUCACUCUUUACAAGUCACCCCAAUGAAUACUGAAUUGACGCUACCUUCCUUCAGGCCUGAGAUGUGUAGCUCAUCCCCAGUGACACAAUUCACCCCUCUUGCUCAAGAACACAGAGCUUGGUGUUUAUCCUGGAGUUGCCAACUCUGCUUGGACAUAUAUCAUAAAAUCAUAGAAUCCCUACAGUGGGGAAACAGGCGAUUUGGCCCAUCAAGUCUAUUCUGCUCCUCUGAAGAGCAUCCCAUCUAGACUCAACCCCUACCCUAUUAGCCUGUAUUUUCCAAGGGUAAUCCACCUAACCUGAGCAUCCUGGACUUUAUGGGCAAUUUAGCGUGGCCAAUCCACCUAUCCUGCACAUGUUUGGACUGUGGGAGGAAACUGGAGCACCUAUGAAAAUUCCAUAUGGAUAGUUGCCAGAGGCUGAAAUCAAAACCAGGUCCCUGGUGUCGUGAGGCAGCAGUGCUAACCACUGUGCCACCCGCUUCAGCUCAUUGUUUGUAUAAUUUCCAGUUGGUGUGGAAUAAGCAAUCUGUUACCUGAUUAAGAAUCUAAUGCAUACAGCUAUAAUGCCUCAAGCCUCCAAUGUUUUAGAAAUAAUAAAAGUUUUCAAAGAAAACAAGAAGCAAACAUUACUAUUUUUAGCAACCCCAUGAUCUUCAUCUCAUGUUGCCUGCUGCAGUCUCCUGGAAACUAACGCUUAAUUCCUGGGGAGAACAAAAGUGACGGGCAACAUCAUUUUAAUAGGAAUGAAGUGAAUACAGUGUUGAGCUGUUAUACAGUCAGUGGUUUCAAAGUGUGGUUGACUCUCAACUGCUCCCCUGGGCAAAUUAGGAUGGGCAGUAAUACUAGCCUGGCUAGUGAUGCCCACAUCCCAUGAAUUAAUAAAACAAAUCUGUCAGCACUGAUUCUAGACCAGGGAGGUCUCUCACGCGCAGUCAGAAAUUUCCAGCUGGCCUUAUUCCCCCUACUACUGACUCAGUGACAGCACACACUCCAGUUUGAGACUGUAGAACAUAUUACAAAAUAACACAGAUCUUACUUUGGCAUCAAUUUUUACCCUUGCCUCCUACUCCUCGAAGUGUUGAUUUCUUCAAAGAACAUAAAACAACACAGCGUAGAACAGGCCCUUCAGUCCUCGAUGUUGCGCCGACCUGUGAACUAUUCUCAGCUCGUCCCCCUACACUAACACAAAGUCAUCCAUGUGCAUAUCUAUGGAUUGUUUAAAUCUCCCUAAUAUGGCUGAGUUGACUACCUUAGCAGGUUCUUGAGCUAUGGUUCCCACCUGCCCUUGAGCUGCCUAGCCCAGAUUGCUGAUUUGUCAAACCUUGACAAUUAGUGUUUGCAGGCUAUUUGACUGCAGUAACAUCACAAACCAGCCAGAUCCCAUUGUUAUUUGGUUAUCCACGUAGUUGUACUCUCAGCGGGGAGUUGAGCAACGAAGGAAUAGUAACAGUUUUGAUUGCCUUAGUACAGGGGCAUUGACAAUUACAUGGUUAUGAUAUCAGAGUCAACUUCAAAGUCAGUUUGAGGCAUGGUUGAAAAAGUUCUACUCACCAACAUUUUGAUGGUCCUGUUUGAUUGUAGUGA